AUUUGAAAUGAAUGCCAAACUAUAUCAAAAUUGUCCGAGUGCUGGAGAAAGGAAAACGGUGCUGGGCGCUUGUCAAGUGUCUUAUAUUUUCAGUUGGACAAACAGGUAGAGACACUUUUCCGUUCCCACUUUUCCGCCCGUUUUUUUUCUGCCUUUUCCAGUACGAAAAACUUUAGAGAGCCUUGCAAAAUGCCGCGUCGUCGUCGUCCACGUCGUAAGAUGAAUCCGGCGACAUCGCUGAAGAAGAAGAACCAGGAUACCGCCGGGCACAAUAAUCGCCAGAAGGCGGAACCACCUGUCCCGCCCACCGUGCCGGAUCCACCCAAGUCGGAGGCGCUCAGAGAUGACGCUUCUGGCGAGGAGUCACACGAGGCGGCCUCCACGUCCAGUGGCGAGGUUAACAAUGAGGCGGAGUACAAGCUCUUCCCGGAGGUCUUUGAUAAACCGCCACUGGGCCUGCUGCCAACCUUCGCUAAUGUGUUUGGCCAGCCCUCUUACGAAGGUGGUUACCAGCCAAAGGAUGUGCCCCCAGCUGCUGCCGCUACUUCCUCAACUGCCGCAUCUGCAUCCACUUCCAAGGGAUGUGGCUCUCCUGGAAUCCAGAGCACCCCUGAUGGGCACUUUACCAAAAUUCCUGCCACAAUGGUGAAUGACCGCUUUGGAAUGAUCGGACUGCUGGCCGCCAUGCGGACCGCGGUCACGGAGCCGGGCGCCACACAGCUGGUCUUCGGCGAAGAUCUCACCACCUAUGGCCUGGACUUGGCCGCCCAAGGUGACAUCUACGUGCACUUUAAUGGGCCCUUCACCAUGGAGCCGCCGGAACGGAGCUCCAUGGACUGCGCCCUCGAGCUGGGGAUGCGUGCCAUGCGGGAUGCAAUGGACAGAUAUCCGCCACUGCCGCCGUUCUGGGAUCCCUUUGUGCCGGAGACCCGGAACCUGGGUCUUGUGGAUAGCGAAGGCAAAAAAAUUCGUCCAGAGCAAAGCCAGGAAACCAAGAUGGGAAACAAUUCAGAGUCGAAAUCGGAACCCAAAAUAGAACCCAAAAAGGAGGCCAAAGAAGAUCCACCUCUACCACCUCCAGAGCGUGGUCGGGGUCGAGAGCGAAAACAAGAACCUGGCGAUAAGAAAAAGAAAUCCAAGCAGCGAUAGGACCACAGUCCAGGAACUGAAGAGCUGUCCAAAUCCGUGAUCUUUGUUACUAGGUAGCCCUUGAAUACAUGACUAUGUUUUGAUCAGUAUACGGAAUCGGCUUCAAGAAUACCACGUUGCUAUUUUGGAAAGGUUAAUACAUUUUGUAAU